CAAAAGGUUAAUCUUCACUCAUCUCUCUCUUCCUGUCAUUGGUUCUUUGCGUCUCUUUCUAAAUGAUAGAAACAGUAAUGUAGAGAGUGAUAUUCAAUUCUCAUCGAUCGAACCCCUUUUCUUUGAUUUCUCUUCAGCUCUCGUCGAGUUUUCUCCCUCACUUUCUCUCAUUUUCUCCGGUGAAAGGAAGGAAGAAAGAAAGUAUGGAAUCGCCUGCUUAUUUUAUCUCAAGAGAGUGAGUGGAAACGACACAGUUCCAGCACCAAAUACUGCAAAAGAUUUUCUUUUGAGGUAAUCAUGGCUCUAUUUAUUUUUCCACUAUGCAGAGUGGAAUCUCUGUUAUUCGAGGCUAAAUUUGAAUGCAUAUACAACUCGAUACCAUUUUUUGAACUGUAAAGCUUGAACCUUUAACUUCUGCUUCUUAAAAAGUGGUCUCAUUUUUUUUUAACUUUGGUUUGGGUAUUGGUUUUUAGGGUUUUUUCUUGCUCAUUCUUGAAGAUUUUGGGUAUUGGUUUUGGAUGGAAAUGAGAAAUGGCUGUGUGGGAGUUUUAGGAUUUGGGUGAAGCUUAGAGUGGUAGAGUUGUAAAUUUAAGGAAGUUUUGUGGGGUGGGUAGCUGGGAUCUGUUUUGGGAGCUUUGGAGAAGAUUAGUGCAUGUGUGUGCUGUAAGUACAAAAUAUCUAUGUAAUUCUUUGGUGUUAAAAGGGUUUUCAAAUUGCUUUAAGCUUUGUGUGUAUUAGGAAUAUGAUGAUUGUACUGGAUUUCAUUAAUGAAUUUUGAGGAUUAGAUAGGCAAAAUUUGAGGGAUUGGAAUAAACCAGGAGCUAGUAAAGUGGGAGUGGGAUCGGAAUAUGUCCGAUGGUCCGAGGUUGAGGUCGAUGAAUGUGGCCGAUUCCGAGUCAAGGCCCGUACUGGGACCUGCAGGAAACAUGGCACCUGGUUCAUUGGGUGCAAGAAAACCAGUUUCAAAGCCUAUGAGAAAGGUUGAGAAGUCUCUGGUCGAGGUUGAGGUCUCCGUAGCAGAGGAGAAAACAGUCCUUCCAUCAUCUACUGUUAGUUCACUUUCAAAGACGCAUUCUGCUAGCGUCUCUUCUAUGCUUCGAUGGCACGAGCAGUUGUUACAUUCUAAUUUAUCAUUAGAUGCUUCGUGUUCAUCUGAUGCUUCCACUGAUUCCUUUCAUAGUAGAGCAUCCACUGGCAGGUUAAUCCGGUCAUAUAGUGUAGGGAGUAGGAGGAAGCAGUACGUAUCGAAGCCGAGAAGUGUUGUUUCCGAUGGUGGUUUGGAUUCACCACCCGGUAAUCCACACCAGAAGAAGAGAUGUGCUUGGGUGACACCAAAUACAGAUCCGAGUUAUGCUGCCUUCCAUGAUGAAGAGUGGGGAGUCCCUGUACAUGAUGACAAGAAAUUGUUCGAGCUGCUUGUACUUUCGGGUGCAUUGUCUGAACAUACAUGGCCUGCUAUCCUAAGCAAACGACAUAUAUUUAGGGAGGUUUUUAUGAAAUUUGAUCCUGUUGCUUUAUCAAAGCUAAAUGAGAAGAAAUUAAUAGCACCUGGUAGCUUGGCAAGUUCCUUGUUAUCAGAACUAAAGCUGCGGGCUAUCAUCGAGAAUGCACGCCAAAUAUCCAAGGUUAUAAACGAGUUCGGGUCAUUCGAUGAGUAUAUUUGGAGUUUCGUGAACCACAAGCCCAUAGUUAGCAGAUUCCGAUAUCCUCGCCACAUUCCAGUUAAAACUCCGAAAGCAGAUGUCAUAAGCAAAGAUCUGGUAAGAAGGGGUUUCCGAAGCGUUGGGCCGACGGUAAUCUACUCGUUCAUGCAAGUGGCCGGAAUGACAAACGACCAUCUCACAAGUUGUUUCAGAUUCCAGGAGUGUAUAACAGCAGCAGAAGGAAAAAAAGAGAAUGUGAUUGAAGAUACGCCCGAAGAGAAACAAACCGAUAAUGUGAUUGGAUCGGAAUUAUCGAUAGCUAUGGAUGAAUUGAGUUUCUCUACAGAAUGAUGUUGGGUGGUACCCGAUGGCAGAUCUUUGAUAUAUGCUAAUCUUUACUAUUUAGGUAGUAAUGAAGGCGUGUAUAAAAAUUUCCAUGAAUACUCAUGCAUCAUGAAUUCUUCUACAUUGUAGAUUCCUAAAGAGCAAAUUAAAAUUUAAGAUACGGAGAUC